AUGUUUACAAAUAGAUUAGUUAUUCAAUCAACAAAAAGAUUGAAUCAAUCAUUAAGAUUGUCAAGUUCAACAACAGGAAGAACUUCAGUAGUCAGAUUAUAUUCAUCUGGUCAACAACAACAACAACACAAUCAAUAUAAUCAAUAUAAUCAAAAUCAAAAACAAAAAAUAAAUUGGAAACGGAUUAAUAUAGGUUGUGGUUUGGCUGUAUUAGCCACAUCGGUUGUACUUGCUGCCGAUGAAACCACUGCUCACCAACCAAAUUGGCGUGAGAAGAUCUUCACCAACUAUCAAGAUCGUAUUCGUGAGUUCAGUACACCAGAAAAGAUAUUCCAAACAUUUGCAUCAAUAAAUAAGAAUGGUGAAUAUUUUAUGACUUUAGAUGAUUUUGUACGUGCUGUUUUACCACACCAAUUCAAGUCUUCAUCACCAGGUUCAACCAAGAACAAAUCUCUGGACAUUAAAGAGGUGCCAAUAUCAUUCAAGAUUGCCGAUGUCGAUGGUGACGGUUUGAUUUCGUUUGGUGAGUUUAUGUUCUUCUCGACUCUGUUGUCAAUUCCAGAGAAGAGUGUCGAUAUUGCCUUCAAGAUAUUCGACGUCAAUCACGACAACUCGAUCGACGUCAACGAGUUUACAAAGAUCUUUAGAAUUCUCAAGAAUCAAUCUGCCUUUACAAAGUCAUCGACUGGCACCAGCCAAAAGUCGCUGCUUUCGCAGGGCUGGGUCGACUACCUCUUUGGUAAGCAUGGCGACAACUCACUGACACUUGAAAAGUUCAAGUCGCUGUUGGAGCAGGUUCGUCGUGAUGUCCUACAACUGGAGUUCCACAUCUACGAUCCCAAGAGCACAGGCCAGAUCUCACAGCGUGAUUUCGGACUGUUGAUAUCGUCGUAUGCCAACGUGAACAUGCGUAACAGCUACUUGAAGUCGGUCGAGUCGUUGCCAACCACCGUCAACAACACCGGCAGCAAGGGUGUCACAUUCGAGCAAUUCGUUGGUUUCAAUCGUUUGUUGAACAAGCUCGAUGAGGUCGGUCUCUCCAUCGAUCUCUACAAGGGAAUCAACCAGCCAUUCACCAAGAGCGAGUUCAAGUAUAUCGCCAAGGUCAUCUGCCAGUUUGAGCCAUCGAACGAAGUGGUCGACACCGUCUACGCCAUCUUUGAUGCCGAUAAGAACGGUGAUCUCUCUAAAGACGAAUUCGUAUCGGUCAUGCGUAGAAGAAAGUACAGAGGACUCGAAGAAUCAAGAGAUACAGGUUUUGUAGCAAGAUUAGAGAAGAUCUAUCAAGUCAUCACUGGAAAGCUUUAA